GCCCCACGCCAUGAGUCGGAGCAGCCCCUCGCUCCGGCUCCCGGUGCUGCUGCUGCUGCUGCUGCUGCUGCUGCUGCCGCCGCCGCCCCCGGUUCUGCCUGCGGACCCUGGGGCGCCCGCGCCAGUGAACCCCUGCUGUUACUUUCCAUGCCAGCACCAGGGCGUCUGUGUCCGCGUCGCCCUUGACCGAUACCAGUGUGACUGCACCCGCACGGGCUACUCUGGCCCCAACUGCACCGUCCCUGACCUCUGGACCUGGCUCCGGAGCUCCUUGCGGCCCAGCCCCACGUUCGUCCACUACCUGCUCACACACGUGCGCUGGUUCUGGGAGUUUGUCAAUGCCACCUUCAUCCGGGACACGCUCAUGCGCCUGGUCCUCACAGUGCGGUCCAACCUCAUCCCCAGCCCCCCGACCUACAACUUAGAUUACGACUACAUCAGCUGGGAGGCCUUCUCCAACGUGAGCUAUUACACGCGCGUUCUGCCCUCCGUGCCCAAAGACUGCCCCACGCCCAUGGGCACCAAAGGGAAGAAGCAGCUGCCAGACGCCCAGGUCCUGGCCCACCGCUUCCUGCUCAGGAGGACGUUCAUCCCAGACCCCCAAGGCACCAACCUCAUGUUUGCCUUUUUUGCACAACACUUCACCCAUCAGUUCUUCAAAACCUCUGGCAAGAUGGGUCCUGGCUUCACCAAAGCCUUGGGCCAUGGGGUGGACCUCGGCCACAUUUACGGAGACAGCCUAGAACGGCAGUAUCACCUGCGUCUCUUUAAGGAUGGGAAACUCAAGUACCAGGUGCUGGAUGGAGAGGUGUACCCGCCGUCGGUGGAAGAAGCACCCGUCCUGAUGCACUACCCGCGGGGCGUGCCGCCCCGGAGCCAGAUGGCCGUGGGCCAGGAGGUGUUUGGGCUGCUGCCCGGGCUCAUGCUCUAUGCCACGCUCUGGCUACGUGAACACAACCGCGUGUGUGACCUGCUAAAGGCCGAGCACCCGACCUGGGACGAUGAGCAGCUCUUCCAGACUACCCGCCUCAUCCUCAUAGGGGAGACCAUCAAGAUCGUCAUCGAGGAGUACGUGCAGCAGCUGAGCGGCUACUUCCUGCAGCUCAAGUUUGACCCCGAGAUGCUGUUCAGCGUCCAGUUCCAGUACCGCAACCGCAUCGCCAUGGAGUUCAACCACCUCUACCACUGGCAUCCGCUCAUGCCCGACUCCUUCCAGGUGGGCUCGCAGGAGUACAGCUACGAGCAGUUCUUGUUCAACACCUCCAUGCUGGUGGACUACGGGGUCGAGGCGCUAGUGGACGCCUUCUCUCGCCAGAGCGCUGGCCGGAUCGGUGGUGGCAGGAACAUUGACCACCACGUCCUGCACGUGGCCGUGGAGGUCAUCAAGGAGUCUCGAGAGAUGCGGCUGCAGCCCUUCAACGAGUACCGCAAGCGGUUCGGCUUGAAGCCCUACGCCUCUUUCCAGGAGCUCACUGGAGAGACAGAGAUGGCAGCGGAGUUGGAAGAGCUCUAUGGAGACAUUGACGCCUUGGAAUUCUACCCGGGGCUGCUUCUGGAAAAGUGCCAGCCAAACUCCAUCUUUGGGGAGAGCAUGAUCGAGAUUGGGGCUCCCUUCUCCCUCAAGGGUCUUUUAGGGAACCCCAUCUGUUCCCCAGAGUACUGGAAGCCAAGCACAUUUGGUGGCGAGGUGGGCUUCAAUCUCAUCAAGACAGCCACACUGAAGAAGCUGGUUUGCCUCAACACCAAGACCUGCCCCUACGUUUCCUUCCGUGUGCCCCGCUCCAGUGGGGACGAUGGGCCUGCUGCAGAGCGGCGAUCCACAGAGCUCUGAGGGUUCAGGGAGGCAGAUUCCCGAGGGUAAAGCUCUGUGCUUGUCAUUGUGGAAUGCCGAGCCAGGCGCACUAGUCUUCAAUGUUGGUCUUUCGGCUUGGCAUUGUGAAUGUUGAGGCUGACAUUUAGGCCUUUGCGUCUCACCUGUUACCAGAAUGUUGUAAUUUUUGUCAUUCAAGAAUACUGAGUUUCUGGUUAAGUCAUCAGAGUGUUAGGGGUGGCUCUCAUUUGGCCUACCAGAACACUAGCUCCUGGUUGACAACUUAGAACGUCAUUAGGCGUUCUAGAAUAUGGCGCUCCAGAAAGCUAGGGGGUUACUUGGCAUCCUAGAAUCUGGGCUAAUCUGAUUCAGAACAGAAGAACCUAAUGCCCAACAAGAACAAGAACGCAUUGCCUGCGCCUGUGCCUGCACUGAGGGGACGAGGUGGUGGGGUAUUCUUGUCCACUUAGACCCUGGUCCAAGGAGGUAGAGAGAACAGGUGAUUUUUUUUUUUUUUUCCGACACUUUUGGUUGGAAGCCACCGGAGCUCUGUUCCCAUCCAGGGCUGAACUCAUGGCAGCUGUUUCUCAUGAAGCUAAUAAAAUUCUCUUUCCAAA